GCAGCUGAAAAAGGUUCUCGAAAAGAAAAAGGCCACAUUGAGGUUUUUUACAACUCGGACGGUUGUUGACCUUCUCCCUUCAUUUCUUUUUGUAUUAUUAUUACCUUUUUUAUAGGAUGCGUACGCAGCGACCGCUCCCACCUCUUUCGGGAUCUAAAGAUGGCGCAUCGUCGCCAAAUCCACACCCAGCAGCCAAGGGCACGACGGACGACUACGCCCUGUGCCAAGAGUACGCCAGCUACAUUGCUCAGCUGCGCGGUCUGCUCGAGGAGACGACGGGGCAGCCACCGCGCGACGUGAGCAUAGCUGAAGUCGAGCACCGCGUCGCGCUCAUUCAGUCCGCCCUGGACGAGGUGGAGCGUCGCAAUGCGGAGACGCGCUGGCGGAUUGAAAUGCGACAGAACCAGCGCUUCUUAGACACCUACGCUCGCCGCAUCAAGGCCGAGGAGGAGGCCGAGCGGAAGCGACAGUACGAGGAAAAGCAGCGCCGUGCGCAGGUGGAGGAGAUGCGCAGCAUGCAGGUGGCCUACUACAAGGACCGCAACGAGCGCACCGACGCAAAGGCGCAGCAGUGCCGCACGCACAACGAAAAGGCACAGGAGGAAACGGUGGAGAGGGCCGGCACGAAUGAGGGGCGCCGCACGCGCAACCUGGCGAACCUCGCGAUGGAGCGCCAACGCAAGCAGAAGGAGCUGCACGAUCGAGAACAGAUGAAGCAGACGUACGCCCGCCAGGUGCGGGAGCGUCGCGCUGCGCAGACGGCGCGGGAGCAGGCGAAGAAGGCGCGCGAGGCGGAGAUCCACAGUCAGGAGAUCGAAAUGAAACUCGCCACGAUCCGUGAGUCCAAGAUGAGUAAGUGGUCGGCUAAGAAGGCGGCGAGCCGCGCCAAGUCGAAGGUAGUGUGGGAGAACGGUGAGGCCAUUCUGGAAACGGUCCGCAGGGACCACGACAAGCUCGUCAGUGAACUCAACCAGCGCCAAAAGCAGCAGGAGGAGCGCUUCGCCGAAAACAAGGCAGAGCAAGAAUCCUACCUGCGUCAGCGCGCGCAGUUCCACGCCGCUCGGCAGGAGCAGCAGCAGGCGACGCUGCGGAGGGUGAUCGAGCAGCGCGUGUCUCGUGGCACGGAAAUUGUGAAGGGGGCCGGCGAAAAGAAGGAGAGGGCGGAGAGGGCGAAGGAGCGGCAGGCGGCGCAGUACGUGGAGGCGGGCCGAGAGCUGGACGAGGACAUUUCGCUGCAUCAACAACGUGCCCAGGAGUUGCAGGAGCAGCGCUACAACGCGGCACUGGUCCAAAACUAUCGCCGAUGGAACCACCGCGCGGCACGCAUUAUGGAGGAGUUGCAGGAGGCAUUGCAAGAAGACGAAAGCCCGGUAGCUAAGCAGGUCAGUGCCGCGAAUCGCGAUUCGGCUGCUGCAGCCGAUAUGUACAGUGGCUCUGAAAGCAGUCGAAGGGCGGUUGCGCUGCCUUUGCCAGAGGACUUCGACGUUUGA